AUGGAAGAAAGACACCAAAAGCCUCACGCAAUCUUCGUAUUCUACCCAUUACAAGGCCAUGUUAUCCCAUCUGUCCACUUAGCCAUCAAACUUGCAGAAAGAGGCUUCACCAUAACCGUCAUCAACACACACUCCAUACACCACCAAACCUCCAGAGCCCAACCCGAUGGCGAAGAUGACAUGUUUGCCACCGUCCGGCAAAAGGGUCUCGACAUCCGUUACACCACCGUGCCGGACGGCCUUCCUGUGGGGUUCGACCGGUCGCUAAACCAUGACCAGUUCAUGGCUACUUUGUUGCAUGUGUUCUCUGCCCAUGUGGAGGAGGCGGUGGAGAAGAUUGUGAGGUCGGAACCGCUGGUGAGUUGUUUGAUCGCCGAUACGUUCUUUGUGUGGCCGGGGAAGCUGGCAAGGAAGUACGGGCUUCUGUAUAUAUCUUUCUGGACAGAGCCGGCCUUAGUUUUUACACUGUAUUAUCACCUGGACCUUCUGAGGAUACAUGGCCACUUUGGUUGUAUUGGGGCCUGUUUGGGUGUCCUUUGA